UUACCCAUCCUUCAAACUUGAAGCAUUGCAUUCUGCUAUUUAAUUCCACUACGUACACGCACAUUCUCCUCAAAGACAACAAUGGCACCAACAGCCAAGACUCUGACUUACCUGGCCCAGGAGAAAACCCUAGAAUCGAGCUUCGUUCGGGACGAGGAGGAGCGUCCCAAGGUUGCCUACAACGAAUUCAGCGACGAGAUCCCAGUGAUUUCUCUUGCCGGAAUCGACGAGGUGGAUGGACGCAGAAGAGAGAUUUGUGAGAAGAUCGUGGAGGCUUGCGAGAAUUGGGGUAUAUUCCAGGUUGUUGAUCACGGUGUGGAUCAACAACUCGUGGCCGAGAUGACCCGUCUCGCCAAAGAGUUCUUUGCUUUGCCACCGGACGAGAAGCUUCGUUUUGAUAUGUCCGGCGCCAAAAAGGGUGGAUUCAUUGUCUCCAGCCAUCUCCAAGGGGAAUCGGUGCAGGACUGGAGAGAAAUAGUGACAUACUUUUCGUACCCAAAAAGAGAGAGGGACUAUUCAAGGUGGCCAGACACGCCAGAAGGGUGGAGAUCGGUGACUGAGGAAUACAGCGACAAAGUAAUGGGUCUAGCUUGCAAGCUCAUGGAGGUGUUGUCCGAAGCAAUGGGGUUAGAGAAAGAGGGUUUAAGCAAAGCAUGUGUUGACAUGGACCAGAAGGUGGUGGUUAAUUACUACCCCAAAUGCCCUCAACCUGACCUCACUCUUGGCCUGAAGCGCCACACGGAUCCGGGCACUAUCACCUUGCUGCUUCAGGACCAAGUGGGUGGACUUCAAGCCACCAGGGACAAUGGCAAAACAUGGAUCACCGUUCAGCCUGUGGAGGCUGCCUUCGUCGUCAAUCUUGGAGAUCAUGCUCAUUAUCUGAGCAAUGGAAGGUUCAAGAAUGCUGAUCACCAAGCGGUGGUGAACUCAAACCAUAGCCGUUUGUCCAUAGCCACUUUUCAAAACCCAGCACCAAAUGCAACUGUUUACCCUCUGAAGAUAAGAGAAGGAGAGAAGCCUGUGAUGGAGGAACCAAUCACUUUUGCUGAAAUGUACAGGAGGAAGAUGAGCAAGGACAUUGAGAUUGCAAGGAUGAAGAAGCUGGCUAAGGAAAAGCAUUUGCAGGACCUUGAGAAUGAAAAGCAUUUGCAAGAACUUGAUCAGAAGGCAAAACUUGAGGCCAAGCCUUUGAAGGAGAUUCUUGCUUAAUUAAUAAUAAUUACAUAUGUAUCAUUUGCAUGCCCCCUUGGUGUUUUUAGUAUUUUUUAAGGGCCAUGAAUUAAUAAUAGUCCUUACCUUUGUGCUUUUGUACGUCUUAUGAUUUAUCCUUUGUGGGGAUAUCAUGUGUUGUGUUCAGUUGCCUAUGUCUUAUUAGCUAGCUGGCUCAUCUAUGUAUACCUUAUAUUUGCCUCUAUUAUAAAUGAAAAUAAGUGGCACUGUCUUUAUUAUUGGCUGCA